AUGAUGUCAAAAUACAAUAAUUCAUUUAGCUUCCUAUUGAACACGGAAAAUAUCGAGCCCUUAUUAGAAUCUGUUAAUAAACUCUCUAAGAUAGUUGAAGAAAAUGCAGAGAUAUUGAACAGAUUAACUUACACGAUAGACAAUGAUUUACAAUUUCCUGAAUUAACAAUAGACAUCGAAGAUGAUUCAGUGACUGAAAACAAAACAGAUCCGUUAAGGCAACUAUUAAACCAGAAGUAUAAAUUGGAGGAAAUGUCUAUCGAGAGCGAACUUAUAGAUAAAGUAGAGAAUCCUCGAAUUAAGGAAUUAUUGUUAGAUAAUGAGAAAUUGAAAAGAUUACAAGUUUCGAAAAGGAAGAUUAAUACUGAAUUGUACGGCAUUGUUCAAGAUUAUGAAUUGUUUAUAUUGAAUACUAUGUUGCCGUCUUUAAGGAAAGAUAUUGAAAUAUAUAGACAGGAAAUUACGAGAGAUGUUAAAGCAAACCAGAUCCCUUUGAAAUUUGCGGCCUCUGAAAAAUUGUGGUCAAGAUAUGUCACAUACAUAGGCUACCUCGAAAAAUUAAGCAAGCUAUGUGAACGUCUAAUGCAAAUGUUAGAUGACACUCAAAGCAACAAAGAGGUUUUAAUUAUAGAGCAAAAAUUAAUUAGCAUCAAUGAAUUAAGACUAAAUCUACAAAACCAGUUAGCCAGGUAA